AUGUAGUGCGUAAUAACAGGAGGACUGUGCACACUCAAAAGGAGCCACAUUAUCAAGGAAGUGCUCGUGGCUUGUAGAAACAUGUCGUCGUGUCCAGCUAAACGGCCUGUUUCCCUACUGGGGACGACGGCUUUCGGAGGGCGAGCCGACGCCCAGCAGAGCCAGGAGAUGGUGAAGACUUUUCUGGGCAGGGGGCACAACAGAGUGGACACAGCCUUCAUGUACAUGGAUGGGAAGUCAGAGACGAUCAUUGGGGGCAUGAAUCUUCCUAAAACAGUAAGUAUAGCUACCAAGGCUAACCCCUGGGAUGGAAAGACACUGAAGCCAGAGAGUGUACGCUCCCAGAUGGAAACCUCCCUUCAGAGGCUGCAGACUGACUGUGUGGAUCUUUUCUACCUCCAUGCCCCUGACCACCAAAACCCAAUUGAGGACACUCUUAGAGCCUGCAAUGAACUCCACAAGGAGGGAAAAUUCAAAGAGUUUGGUCUUUCAAACUAUGCAUCAUGGGAAGUUGCUGAAAUCAUGUGCAUCUGCAGACACAACAACUGGAUUGUUCCCACUGUGUAUCAGGGAAUGUACAAUGCCACGACAAGACGGGUUGAGACGGAGUUGCUGCCAUGUCUGAGAAACUACGGAAUUAAGUUCUACGCAUACAAUCCUCUUGCAGGUGGCCUUCUGACAGGAAAGUACCAUUUUGAAGACAAAGAUGGCUCUCAGCCUACUGGACGCUUCUUUGGUAACAGGUGGGCUAAAGCAUACCAGGACAGAUACUGGAAGUUGAGUCAUUUCCAGGCGAUAGAUUUGGUUCUAAAUGCCUUGGAGACAGCAUACGGCUCAAAUAAACCCUCCAUGACGUCUGCUGCGAUACGCUGGAUGUACCACCACUCUCAGCUAAAGGGCAAUCUUGGUGAUGGAGUCAUCAUUGGCAUGUCAAGUAUGGAGCAACUUCAGCAAAACUUGGCUGCUGCAGACGAGGAUCCUCUGGAUGAUCGAGUUGUCGCCGCCUUCAAUGAGGCCUGGAAUCUCGUUGCCCAUGACUGUCCAAACUACUUCCGCUAAAAAAAAAAAGCAAUCUACUCAAACAAUAAUUGAAUAAUUGACAAAUACAAUGACAUUAUUAAACAUUAUUAGGCUAUUAAAGCCUAAAGCACUUAAUUGUUGAUGUUUAAAUGCAAAAAAAUAAGAUUUCUUUCUUCUGGAGUUUUUUUUUUAUUAUUAAACUUACAUUGAAAGAUAUUGUAUUUUUACAAAUCAAACUGUUAUUCCUACACACGUGUAUAAAAUGAUUUUACAAGGCUGUCUGUUUCCCCCCUUAUUUUGCAAAAAGAAAAAAUACUGUCAUGAUGUUUAGCACUUUUUCCACUAUAUUUGUUAUUACACAAAAUACAUCAUGAAGUCUCUUGACUCAAAGCUCCUGUUUUUACUGAAAACAUUCAAUCCAAAGCUAAAAUUCAAGAUGGACAGAAGUUCAUGUUUUGGGAUGAUCAAAUGGCCAGAAAAAGGAGAUUACUAAAACUCCCGGGUCAGCACUGGCGGUCAAGAUGAAUGGUUUCUAUGUCCCUCUGCUGUUGAAGGUUGGCAAAGAUGACUUAAAAAUUGCCGUUUACAAGCUGCCUUGUACACGUUUCAUUCUGCACCAUCAUCAUCAUCAUCAUCUUCCUCAUUGUCCUCCAUGGACUCUUCUUCUCCAGCAAUGUUCCCAAACUCGCCCGUUUCUGAGUUCCACAUACAUUUGAUCUGCACCUUGAAUUCUGCCAUCUCGAUGCCAAAGAGUUUCUAUGGGCGGAAAGAAAUAAACAGUUGGUCAAAAUGCAAUGCACUACAAUCCGUUGCAGUUAACAUUUUCUGUAGUCAAAGCAGUAAAGCACUCACCAGAAUACGAGCCUGCUCAGGAGUUAGCAUGUCUCCCUCCUUACAGACUUCAUGGUCCUUGAGCAGUGUCACAACACCUUUGAAUGAUCCAAAAUACGACUUUAACUAAACAAGUUGUUCACAAAUAAAACUCCACAUCAGUAAGAUUUUGAGCUAAGAGUAGCAGGGAAGUAUGGAGGAAUUUACAAAUGGGAUGUUUGUUUUGCUCUUUGCAUUACCUUAUUAGCAAAAGAGAAACAUUUACAAUAACUGUAGUGUCAUCUUACCUUUCUUGAGUGCGGUGGGGAGUCCUAAUUGCCUCAGCUGGGGCUCCAUUGAGUGAGUAAACUGUUCCAGGGGUCCCUCAUCCAGAGUUACGUCCAUCUGUGCCUGGUUGCCCGCCCUCGCAUAAUCCACCUCUUUGAAAUGACUGAAGUACCUGCAAAGAGAGAACCCAAAUCAGUUACCCAGGGAACAAUUGUUGGAUAAACCGUAAAUGGUGCAGGAAGUGAAGCUAACUUACUCUUGUACUUCAUCCUUUGUUUUAUUUGUGAAAAGUACUCCUACUUCUCCCCGUAGAUAUUUGGUGACCUGCAGAGCAUCAAAAAGUAAUUUAACAAUAGUUCAUCAUUUAUCUUAAUCAUUUUCCAUCCACCCCCCAUACCUAGAUUUAUUCUUACCUUGUGCAAAUUAUCUUUGUAUUCGUCUGUUUCUCCUUUACCCAAGGCGAUCACCAUGACUUUAUUUUUUCCAAAGAAGAACCUGUGGUGCAGAAGAGUCCAACUAUUAUUGCAAUAACAAAACAUUAAAAUCAAUCAGUCUCUUUGAAAACGAAACGCUAACUAUGAUGAUCAAUAAUUUAUGUUGAAUCAUUUGAAUAAAACAUUGACAUUAAAACAUUA